AUGAGGCUUGAGGAGAUGGUUCCAAUCUCGAUUCUUCUGAUUACAGGAUCUUUUGUCACUCCGGAUGCCUACGCUUCCAUCGUGGAUGGGGUCACUGGCCAAGAAAUCGAAAUCCGAGCCUUGCACUUACCAACCGUAGGCGUGAGCCCUCGACAAGGCAGAGACGGGAGACCGCCAACCAUGUAUGACGACGCCGCUUUCAUAGCGCAAGAGGUUGAUCGGCUGGCGGACCAAGGCAAACAUGUCAUAUUGAUAGCACACUCUUACGGAGGCGUGCCUACCAGUCAAAGCAUCCAGGGUCGAAGCAUAUCAGACCGACAGAGGAAGGGUCAAAGAGGUGGAAUUGUGAGAGUGGGAUAUAUGACCGCCCUGGUCCCCGAAAUAGGUCACUCGGCGCUCGACGUGCUCGCGGAGGUACCGCCAGAGGGCCAAACGCAAAUGGAGACUGAUGAAAACGGCUGGAUGCUGCAUUCCGAUCCGGCUGCCAGCGCAAAGAUCUGUCUGAGUUCGCUGCCUCUCGAGGAGUCUGAACCGCUCAUACGGGAAUUGGCAAAACAUUCUGGGGUUAGCUUCACCAACAGCCUCACCUACGCGGGCUACAGAGAUGUCCCGGUCUCGUAUCUGUUGUGUACCGCUGAUCUCUGCGUCCCUCCGGCUGCCCAACGAAAAGGAAUCGACAUGAUUGAGAGAGUGAGUGGAACAAAGGUCAAAGUGACCGAAGUUGCAUGCGACCAUGGCGUGAACCACACCUCCCCAGGCGAAGUGGUGGCCUGGAUCAUGAGUGUAGCGGCAGAAGCGCAGAGUUGA